AUGCCUCACCCCCAGCCUCGCCGCCUCUCCCCUGAGUUUACCAAUGAGGAUUUCAACGCCUUUGUGAAGGCCAUUCUACCCAUUGUCGGGGAUGAAAAUCUUUCCAUCGUCUCGGCUGAUGUAGAGCUAUGCCCGUCUGGCCCUCCUCUGUGGGCCGCAACACCGGAUACGGAGGAGCUGCACCACGGCCCACGGGUCCCGGGUACACUCGGCAUGGAACUUGGAAGACACAUGAACCAAAUCCACGAAGUCAAUGUUGAUGGGGCAUAUGCUUUGGUUGAGCUUGGAGUCACCUUUUUUAGCCUCUAUGACCAUCUCGUGAAGACUGGUCUUGAUGAGCAACUAUGGCUAGAUGCGAAAGAAGGACGAUUCUCGCCCAAGGUUGAUUAA